CCACGUGUGCGUCCUCUUGCCUGCUCUCGGGGGUUUCCUUCCCUCGGUCCGUACCUGGCGGUGACCCCGCGGCCUGGUGGGUGCGGCUGGAGACCAUGGAGCACCUCUCCAUGGAGCUUGUGGCCGGCCCGCUGCGGCUAAUUGCCACCAAGAACGAGAAGACCCGCGGUGAGCUGAGCAGGUUCCUGACCAAGCCGGUGUGGACACCUCAGGACCGCCAGAGCAUCCUGAAUUCCUUGGCACAGCUGCUCCUGGAUAAGGACCAUGCACUCUUGAUUGCUCACCAGUUGCGCCCUAUCCUUUUGGAUUUGCUGGAAAGAAAUUCUGAAGCCAUUAAAACUGGAGGCCAAGUCAACCACGAUCUGCACGAGCGUCUCAGUGUGUCAAUGAGCAGACUCAUCGGCAGCCAUCCUGACGUUCUUCCGUUUGCCCUGCGCUAUUUCAAGGACACCUACCCAGUGUUUCAGAGACUCUUCCUUGAGAGUUCUGAUGCUAACCCAGUGCGCUAUGGACGCAGGCGGAUGAAGCUCCGGGACCUAAUGGAAGCAGCCCAUACAUUUCUGCAGCAGAGGCAACUGGUCUUCCGGGAGCUCUGGGACUGGAGUGUGUGUGUCCCUCUCCUCAGGAGCCAUGAUGCUUUGGUGCGCUGGCACACAGCUAAUUGUCUUGCUUUGGUGACCUGCAUGGAUGAAGAGCAUAAGUUAUCCUUCCUAAGGAAGCUUUUCAGUAGUGAUGAGUUGGUGCAUUUCAGGUUGAGGUUGUUAGAAGAGGCUCAGCUGCAGGACUUGGAAAAGGCCUUGGUUUUAGCCAACCCAAAAGCCUGCCUUUGGCACAAGGGAGAGGAGCCUCAGUACAUUCAGGGACACCUGGUUUCAGCUGACCUCUCUUCCAGCGUGACAGCUGUCUGUGGUGUGGUGCUGCCCAAGCAUCCUUCUGAUCCUUCAGAACAGACAAGCGACAGGAGCUCUUCACGGGAACGAGAGCUGGCUCUUAAGUCCUUUGUGUUGGUUAAGUCUGUGUGUAAGAAUCUUCAGACCCUUGCUGUUGCAGUGGCUUCUCAGAAUGCUGUGUUGCUGGAAGGACCAAUAGGAAGCGGCAAAACUUCCUUAGUUGAACAUUUAGCUGCAAUGACAGGUAGAACGAACCCUCCUCAGCUUCUUAAAGUCCAGCUUGGAGAUCAGACAGACAGCAAGAUGCUACUGGGCAUGUAUCGCUGUACAGAUGUCCCUGGAGAGUUUGUCUGGCAACCUGGCACCCUGACACAGGCAGCCACAAAAGGUCACUGGAUCCUCCUGGAGGACAUUGACUAUGCUCCCUUAGAUGUGGUUUCCGUGCUGAUCCCUCUUCUGGAAAAUGGAGAGCUUUUGAUUCCUGGCCAAGGUGACUGCCUGAAAGUAUCUCCUACAUUUCAGUUAUUUGCAACCAGGAGGCUCUUGAGCUGCGGAGGAAGUUGGUAUCGACCUUUGAACAGUCAUGCUAGUAUGCUAGACAAAUACUGGACCCGAGUUCACCUGCAUAAUCUGGACAGGAAAGAGCUGAAUGAGGUUCUUCAGAGCAGAUACCCAAGCCUCUUGGCCGCAACUGAUCACUUACUUGAUAUUUAUAUUGAGCUUACUGGAGAAAAACAUUGUAGUCCAAGUGUUGCCUCUGAACAGGCAGCACAGGAAGUCUCAGAAGCUGAGAGAGAAAACAGAAGAGUAGUCCUCGAGGGAAGAGAGUUGUCUUUAAGGGAUCUACUGAAUUGGUGUAAUAGAGUUGCUCGUGGCUUUGACAGUACAUCUCCAUCAGCAUCGCUGCAUGUUUUUCAGGAGGCUCUGGACUGUUUCACUGCUAUGCUUUCUGAGCAGACAAAAAAACUGAAAAUGGCAGAAAUUAUUGGAAGCAAACUGAACAUUUCUAAGAAAAAGGCUGAAUUUUUCUGUAAACUUUAUAAACCAGAAGUUAUCAUUAAUGAGCUAGACGUCCAAGUAGGUCGAGUUCGGCUUUUGCGGAAACAAAGUGAAGCUCUCCGCGUACAGAAGGAGAAGUACACUUUUGCUGCAACUCGCCCAUCCUCUGUUCUUCUUGAACAGCUCGCAGUGUGUGUCAGUCAAGGGGAACCGGUGUUGUUAGUGGGAGAGACAGGAACUGGUAAAACCUCCACUGUCCAGCACUUGGCUCGUGCCACAGGUCACCAUUUGAGAGUUGUCAAUAUGAAUCAACAAAGUGACACUGCAGACUUGCUUGGAGGGUUCAAGCCAGUGGACCAUAAGCUUAUUUGGCUGCCCUUACGAGAGACAUUUGAGGAACUGUUUGUCCAGACGUUUUCAAGAAAACAAAACUUCACCUUUUUGGGACACAUUCAGACCUGCUAUAGGCAGAAACGAUGGCAUGAUCUCCUCAAAUUAAUGCAACACGUACAAAAGUCAGCUAUUACCAAGGAAGGAAAGGGGAGCCAGCCUGGGCUGCUUCUAAAGGAGAAAUGGGAAGCAUUUGGCUUUAGACUCAACCAUGCCGAGCAACAAAUGAAAAUGACUGAGAAUGCCCUAUUGUUUGCAUUUGUGGAGGGUACCUUAGCUCAGGCUAUCAAGAAAGGAGAAUGGAUCUUACUAGAUGAGAUUAACCUGGCUGCUCCUGAGACCCUGGAGUGUCUGAGUGGGUUACUUGAAGGAUCUUCUGGCUCCCUGGUUUUGCUUGAUCGAGGAGACACAGAGCCACUAGUUCGGCACCCUGAUUUUCGUUUAUUUGCAUGUAUGAAUCCAGCUACUGAUGUGGGCAAAAGAAAUCUCCCCCCAGGAAUAAGAAACAGGUUCACAGAACUUUAUGUAGAAGAAUUGGAAAGUAAAGAAGACUUACACAUCCUUAUUGUGGACUAUCUGAAAGGCCUGAGUGUGAGCAAGAGCACUGUGCAAGGGAUUGUAAACUUCUACACUGCUCUACGGAAAGAGUCUGGGACAAAGUUGGUGGAUGGAACUGGCCACAGACCUCACUACAGCCUUCGGACCCUCUGCAGAGCUCUACGGUUUGCAGCUUCCAACCCAUGUGGCAGUGUCCAGCGCUCACUUUAUGAGGGCUUUUGUCUGGGUUUCCUGACACAGGUUGACCGGGUGUCUCACCCGCUGGUUCAGAAGCUCAUCUGUCAGCACAUUAUCUCUGGCAAUGUCAAAAGUCUGCUGAAACAGCCUAUUCCAGAACCCAAAGGAGGCCGCCUUAUCCAGGUUGAAGGCUACUGGAUUUCAGUUGGCGACAAGGAGCCUACAAUAGAUGAGACAUAUGUUCUGACGUCUUCUGUUAAGCUGAACCUGAGGGAUAUAGUCCGAGUGGUCUCUGCAGGAACCUAUCCAGUGCUGAUUCAGGGAGAAACAUCAGUUGGUAAAACAAGUCUAAUACGGUGGCUGGCUGCAGCUACUGGUAACCACUGUGUGCGAAUCAACAAUCAUGAGCACACAGACAUUCAGGAGUACAUUGGUUGUUACACGUCUGAUACCUCUGGGAAGCUGGUCUUUAAUGAAGGUGUUCUUAUUGAUGCUAUGAGAAAGGGCUACUGGAUUGUCUUAGAUGAGUUGAAUUUGGCGCCUACAGAUGUGUUAGAGGCACUCAACAGACUGUUGGAUGACAACCGUGAAUUGCUCAUAACAGAAACACAGGAAGUUGUUAGGGCACACCCUCGUUUCAUGCUUUUUGCCACCCAAAAUCCCCCAGGGCUUUAUGGAGGCAGAAAGGUGCUGUCUAGGGCCUUCAGGAAUCGAUUUGUGGAAUUACACUUCGAUGAAUUGCCCAGUUCUGAGUUGGAAGCAAUCUUGCACAAGCGGUGUAGUUUACCGCCUUCUUACUGCAGUAAAUUGGUUAAAGUCAUGUUGGACCUUCAGUCCUACCGUAGACAGUCGUCGGUGUUUGCUGGAAAGCAGGGUUUUAUUGCCCUUCGAGAUCUGUUCCGAUGGGCUGAAAGAUACAGAUUGGCUGAGCAGACUGAGAAGGACUAUGAUUGGCUGCAACAUUUAGCCAAUGAUGGUUUCAUGCUUCUGGCAGGCAGAGUUAGGAAGCAGGAGGAAGCUGAUGUGAUUCAUGAAGUCCUUGAAAAACAUUUCAAGAAAAAAUUGUGUCCUCAGUCUCUUUUCUCCAAAGAAGCUGUUGUGAAGUUACUGGGCAAAUCGUCUAUCCAGACAAGUCUAUUGGAGUCUAAAUUCAGCCACAUAGUGUGGACCGAAAGCAUGCGGAGACUGGCAGUGCUGGUGGGCAGGGCACUUGAAUUUGGUGAAGCCGUGCUGCUGGUUGGAGACACUGGGUGUGGGAAAACUACUAUCUGCCAAAUGUUUGCAGCUUUGGCAAAUCAGAAACUACACUCAGUCAACUGCCACUUAAACAUGGAGACAUCAGACUUCCUGGGGGGCUUGAGGCCAGUGAGACAGAAGCCAAAUGACAAGGAAGAAGUGGACACAAGACUCUUCGAGUGGUGUGACGGACCACUGGUUCUAGCUAUGAAGGAGGACAGCUUUUUUCUGUUAGACGAGAUCUCAUUGGCUGAUGACUCUGUCCUGGAAAGACUGAACAGUGUCCUUGAAGUGGAGAAAUCUCUGGUAUUGGCUGAGAAGGGCAGCCCAGAGGAUAAGAACAACGAAGUAGAGGUCUUGACUGCCGGGAAACAAUUCCGGAUCUUAGCAACCAUGAACCCUGGGGGCGACUUUGGUAAAAAAGAGCUGUCUCCUGCUUUAAGAAACCGAUUUACAGAAAUAUGGUGCCCUCAAAGCACAAGGCGUGAAGACUUAGUUCAAAUAAUAAAUCAUAAUCUUCGUCCAGGAUUGUCUCUGGGCAGAAAGGGUCAUAAAGGAGCUGACAUAGCUGAGCUGAUGUUGGACUUCACUGACUGGCUGACCCACCAGGAGUUUGGACGAAAGUGUGUGGUCAGUAUCAGAGAUAUUCUGUCUUGGGUUAACUUCAUGAACUCAAUGGCGGAGGAAGCUGCUGUGAAAAGGCUAGAGACCAUCUCUACUGUGACGUCUUUUGUCCAUGCCGCAUGCCUGGUGUAUAUAGACGGAAUAGGUUCUGGGGUGACUUCCUCUGGGUUUGGCACAGCCCUUUUGGCUCGAGAAGAAUGUCUACAAUUCCUAAUAAAGAAACUUUCCAAGGCGGUCCGACUGACAAAAUGUCAGAAAGAUGGGUUGAAGAUUUAUGAUAGACUCAAACCCAAAGAAUUCACUGGUGUAGAUGACCUUUGGGGAGUUCACCCAUUCUUUAUACCAAGAGGACCUGUCCUGAAUGGGCACAGCACUGCUGACUACGCGCUCAGUGCAGGCACCACAGCUAUGAAUGCCCAGAGGCUCCUACGAGCUGCUAAACUGAACAAGCCCAUUCUCCUCGAGGGGUCACCUGGUGUUGGCAAGACAAGUUUGGUGGCUGCAUUAGCAAAGGCUUCAGGAAAUACUCUAGUUCGAAUCAACUUGUCAGAACAGACGGACAUAACUGAUCUGUUUGGUGCAGAUCUACCUGUUGAGGGUGGCAAAGGUGGAGAGUUUGCCUGGUGUGAUGGUCCCUUGCUGGCAGCCUUGAAAGCAGGCCACUGGGUUGUGUUGGAUGAGCUUAACCUGGCCUCUCAGUCUGUGCUGGAAGGACUCAAUGCUUGUUUUGAUCAUCGAGGAGAAAUCUAUGUACCAGAGCUAGGCAUGAGCUUUCAAGUUCAGCAUGAAAAGACCAGGAUUUUUGGUUGUCAAAAUCCCUUUAGGCAAGGAGGUGGAAGGAAGGGCUUGCCUAAGUCUUUCCUUAACAGAUUCACUCAGGUCUUUGUGGAUCCCCUUACAGUAGUUGACAUGGAAUUCAUUGCCAGUACUAUGUUCCCCGCCAUUGACAAAAAUACUGUUCAGAAAAUGGUAGCUUUCAAUAAUCAUAUUGAUCAUGAAGUGACUGUUGAGAAGAAAUGGGGGCAAAAGGGGGGCCCCUGGGAAUUCAACCUCCGAGACCUUUUCCGCUGGUGUCAGUUGAUGCUGACUGACCAGUCUCCUGGCGGUUAUGAUCCUAGUCAGCAUGUAUUUCUAGUUUAUGGUGAAAGAAUGAGAACCAAGGAAGACAAAGAAAAAGUCAUCGCUGUGUUUAAGGAUGUGUUUGCUUCCAGUUCCAAGCCAUACACGGGAACUAGACUAUUUCAUAUCACUCCCUAUGAUGUUCAGAUUGGCUACUCAGUCCUUUCUCGCAGAAGCUAUGUUCCUCAUCCGUCCCGCCGGCCCCUGUCACUCCUACACCAGUCAUUCCAGUAUCUAGAACCCAUCAUGAAGUGUGUGCAGAUGAACUGGAUGGUCAUCCUUGUGGGGCCAGCCUCUGUGGGCAAAACCAGCCUGGUCCAGCUUCUGGCACACCUUACUGGCCACACCUUAAAGAUUAUGGCUAUGAAUAGUGCAAUGGAUACUACUGAGCUUCUAGGAGGAUUUGAGCAGGUUGAUAUUAUCCGGCCUUGGAGGCGGCUACUUGAGAAGAUAGAGCGUGCUGUCAGGGUCCUGCUGAGGGAUAGUCUUCUCAUCAAUGCUGAUGAUGCCGAAGUAGUGCUGAGAGCCUGGAGCCAUUUCUUCCUGACAUACAAACCGAAAUGUCUCGGUGAAGAUGGUAGAAGUGUCACUAUGGAGAUUGUCAGCAAACUGGAAGCAGUGUUACUGCUUAUGCAGAGACUCAAUAAUAAAAUCAACUCAUACUCCAAAGCAGACUUUGCCAAGCUUGUUGAAGAUUUCCAAAGUUUCGGGGUGAAGCUUCUGCAGUCAGCCAGUGGCCGGAGUCAUGGCAGCUUUGAAUGGGUUGACAGCAUGUUAGUUCAAGCCCUGAAAUCUGGAGACUGGCUUCUGAUGGACAAUGUAAACUUCUGCAAUCCAUCAGUGCUGGAUCGUCUGAAUGCCUUGCUCGAACCUGGAGGUGUCCUCACCAUUAACGAGAGAGGAAUGGCAGAUGGAUCCGCGUCCACAGUGACACCAAAUCCCAGUUUCAGGCUUUUUCUCUCCAUGGAUCCUGUUCAUGGAGAAAUUUCUCGAGCAAUGAGGAAUCGUGGACUUGAACUCUACAUUUCAGGAGAAGAGGAUGGGAGCAUCCUAGAUAACCUGGAUUUGAAAGUUCUGCUGCACAGCCUUGGGUUGGUGGGGGACAGUGUGUGUAACAUCCUCCUGGCACUGCACACAGAGGUCCAGAGCAUUGUUAGAGGUUCUCCAAUGUCACCGGUUUCCACUCUCAGUCAGGCAGCCAUACUCAUGGUUCAGUACCUGCAGCGAGGUCUGAGUUUAGACAAAGCCUUUUUUGAAGCAUGCUGGCAAGUGUAUGUCUGCUCUCAGCAUUCAGCAUCAAACCGGAAGCUUGUGCAGGCUUUGCUGGAGCAUCACACUUCAUCUCUGCAAGCUCGGGAGACCUGGGGACGCUCCAUUCUUGCCGCAGGGCUCUGGCCAGAUUCUGUGCCUUCUGCUCUCCAUGCAACGGAAGACUCUAGCCUCUCUGUUGUCCGAAGUGACGGGCAGAUUCUGGCAUACUGCCUCAACAGGAAAAGCCUGACAACUAGCAGCUGGACGAGGAGUCAGCCUCUUACUUUGCAAGACUUAGAGAACAUAAUGCAGACUGGUAGCCCUGAGAACCUGACUUUCAGUGCAGAGAAAGUGGAUACUUCCUGGCUUGAUGAACCAGAGGUCUUAGCCAUGGCUGUUAAAUUGCUCAUAGAGAGAGCAACCAAUCAGGACUGGAUGCUCAGAGUUAAGUGGCUUUGUCAUUUAGCCAAGAACAUACCACAGGGGCUUGAGGCAGUGCAGAUUGAUCUGGAAGCCAGUGCCACUGCUCUGAGCAAUUUCUACUCAAAUUCCCUCUCAGCUGGAGUCCGUAAUGUCUGGAAAAUAUUACAGACAAAUAUAACAGAUGACUUUGUGAUCCCCCUGGACCCCCGGUGGAAUAUGCAAGCUUUGGACAUCCUUAGGAAUUCAGGAGACUUGGACCCACAAGCACACCAGUCUGAGCAGCUCUUUGCCCUCUUAGAAUCAGUUGCAAACAAGACAAUUGUCUAUCUUGACCGGGAAAAGAGGAUUUUCACUGAAGCAAAUUUGGUGUCUGUUGGUGGUAAAAAGUUAAGAAACAGUGUUUUGAGAAUGUCUUUUGAGUUCCAUAAAGAUCCAGAGAGCUGUCACAGCCUGCCCCAUGAAAUUGUGGCCAAUCUUGCUGCUUUUUUUGAAUUUAUUGAUGCACUAAUCCUGCUCUGGGUACAGUCUCCCCAAGGGGUGCUUCCUGAUGCCCACAUCAAUAAGCUCUUAGGUUCUGUGCAAUGGCGGGACCGGUUUUGGACUGUGGCUGACACAGUGACAGUAGACGCCCCCGGUCUGGCUUUGCUUGCCCUCCACUGGCACUGGGUUUCAAAAUAUUUGAUCCAUCAGAUCCCCCAACUCCUGGUGAAUCAUGAAGACAAAUAUUAUAACGAGGUGCAGACCGUCUCCAGGCACAUCCACUGUUGUCUGGGCAGCCCAGCUGGCAGCUUCACUGGUGUAAAGAAGCUGCAGGCGUUCCUGGGACGACCGUUCCCUUUUAAGGACAAGCUGGUGGUCGACUGCUUUUCACAGCUGCAAACCCUCAACAGAGCCCUUGCUAUCAGAGAACAGCUGCCUGUCUUUGGGGAAUGUGGGUGGCAAGAAGACAUUAACCGUCUCCAAGUGGUUGCGUCUGAAUGGAAUUUGAAGAAAAGUCUACUACAGGCCUGGGGAUUGGUCCUCAGGGCUAACAUCCUGGAAGGUGUCAAUAUAGAUGAAUUGAAGAAUCUUGUGAAUGAUCAGUGUUUGGAACUAAAAACCAGAGGACUUUCCUGUGGCUUCCUGGAAAAAGCGCGUGAAGCAUCUUCCCCUCCCCAGCCAGACGUGGGCUCUCUAGUCCGCCUUAGCGGGCGUGUCCAGCUGUGGCCUGCGGCAGAGUACCUGGCUGUGCUGUGGCAGCACAGAGUGACGGCUGACUUUGUAACGCAGGCUUGUCUGAGAAGGUCAAGCAAGCAUCACCAGAUGGAUGAGGAGAUAAGUCAUCAUAUCACAUUUUGUCUUAAGUACACACCGAUUGCACCUCAAAAGCUUUGGAACUUUUGGUCUUUGCUGCAUAUUCAGAAGCUGUCUGCUGAAGAGGUUUCUUGUUUGUGGUCUGAGUUAUUUAACUCCACCUUUGGGUCUUCCUGGAGCAGUACGGUUACCACAAACCCAGAGCACUGGCUGACAUGGAACCCUCUGCCCAACACGCAGCAGCAGGAAAUGCCUAAGUCCCGUUUGGACUCCACACUAAAGGGUCCUGGCAGCCUCUGCAGAGCUGUGUUCUCCAAGUGCUGCUUCGGCAUGCUGACAAACAGCAGCAGAGCAAGCCACUGGGAUGUGAAUGGCCUGCCCCUCCUGUCUUCCUCACACGUCACCCUGGGAGAGUGGGUUGAGCGAGCCAAGCAGCUCCAGGACAUCAGCUCAUUGCUGUGGACCAAUAUGGCUGUGCCUUCAGUUGCUGAGUUCAGACGCACUGAUUCUCGGCUCCAGGGGCUGGUCCUGUGCCGGCACCUGCUAGGCCUCACGGAGCUGCUUUCGGGGUCCCAGCAGCAGCAGUACAUGCAGAACUGUGAACAUCUGCUGCUUGGGGACAGCCAGGCCUUUCAACAUGUGGAGCAGACUCUCGGGGACAUUGGUGGUCAGGAAGCACUUCCCAAAGAACUACUCUGCCUCUUGCUCACCUCCCUGCACUACUUUAUUGGUGAAGGGGAGAGCAAACAGAACCUUCCUGAACCAGCCCGGCGUGGGAGGCUCUGGGUGAGCCUUGGCUUGCUCCAGAUUCAGACUUGGCUUCCUCGGGUGCGCUUCGACCCUGCAUUGAAGAAGGCAUAUAAGCUCAAAUAUGCCCAAGAAGAGUUACGCCAGCUGCAGUGUGAGUGGAAGACCCGGAACCUGUCGUCCCACCUACAAACUGGCAGAGACCUAGCAGACGAAGGAGUUACCAGCUACUCUCACCCACACAUCAGGUUGCUUUCCCAGAGGAUCAGUCAGCUGGAGAAUAUAGUCCACAGCCUGUCAAAGAAACAGGCCUUCAGACCCCACCAGCCCAGUUAUGAGUCCUUAGUGCAAGAGAUCCAGCACUAUGUCACCAGCAUCGCCAAAGCCGCUGCUGUUCAGGACCUGCUCAUGCGGCUUCUUCAGGCCCUCAACACAGACGGACCAAAGUCUGCUCAAGUGCUCCAGAACCUUCUAAAGGAGGAGGCUUCUUGGCAGCAGUCACAUCAUCAGUUUAGGAAACGACUGGUAGAAGAGUAUGCCUUGUAUCCAGACACUGUUACUCCAUUACAGGCAUCCAUCUUGCAGCUGCAGCAUGGCAUGAGGCUUGUGGCGUCCGAAGUCCAUGCCUCCCUCCACAGCAGUGUGGUCUGCGCAGAAAAUCUGGGCGUGCUCUCCAUGGCUGUGCUAGCUUUCCCAUCUGUGGGCCCCAGCUUCCCUACCUACUAUGCUCAUGCAGAUGCUCUGUGCUCAGUGGACUCAGUGGGAGCUCUGAGAGGUCUUGGGAAACUGAAGAUCAAGCGUUGGGCAGGAAGGGAAGGAGAAGGCAAGAGCCAGCAGCCUUACCCUACCUGGGAACAGUUACUGAUGAAUGCUCUCCUUUACCUGCGCUCCCAUGUGCUGUGCAAAGGGGAGCUAGACCAGAAAGCCCUGCUGCUCUUCAGACAUCUGUGCCAAGAGAUCAUCAAUGAGUGGGAUAAACAGGAGCACAUCGCCCAAGAGAAGGCAGAGCAAGAGAGCAGCCUGUACAGAUAUCGGACCAGGAGCUGCAGGGCAGCCCUGAGUGAGGAGGAGGAGGAAGAACUGGAGCUCAGGAAGCUGUUCCCACUGCAUGACCAGGACUUUGCAGAUAUUUUGGUGGAACCAACACUAGAGGAGCAAAAAGGAGCUUCGGAUGGGCAGAAAGAGGAGGCAGCCACAGACCCAGCUCUCCUGUCCCAGAGUUCAAUGCAGGCAGUGAUGUUGAUACACCAGGAGCUAUGCCUCAGCUUUGCACGGUCCCUUUGGUACCAGCAGACAGUGGCACCACAUGAAGCAAAGCACUACCUCAGCCUCUUUCUGUCUUGCUAUCAGACUGGAGCAUCGCUGCUGACACACUUCUACCCUGUGAUGAGAGUUGAGCUGAAUGACCAGCUCUUAGGAAGUCACCUAUUGGCCUGCACUCUCUCCUAUAACACUCUCUGUGGGGAGGCCACCUCAGACCUGAUGAUGAAGCCUGAGGGGCCCUAUGAUUUCUACCAGCACCCCAAUGUGGCAGAAGCACGGGAGUGCCAGCCUGUGCUUCAAGGCUUUUCAGAAGCUGUCAAUGAGUUGCUGCAGGACUGGCCAGAGCACCCCGUUCUUCAACAGCUGCUGAUUGUAAUGGACAGAAUUCGUGGUUUCCCGCUUUCCAGUCCCAUCUCAAAGCUCCUGAAUGGCUUAGAGAUCCUUCUGUCAAAGGCACAAGAUUGGGAGGAGAAUGCAAGUCGAACAUUGUCUCUCCGGAAACAUCUUGAUCUAGUCAGUCAGAUGAUCAUUCGAUGGCGUAAGCUGGAGCUGAACUGCUGGUCAGUGAGUUUGGAUAACACCAUGAGACGCCACACUGAGAAGUCCACCAAGCAUUGGUUCUCCAUCUACCAGAUGCUGGAGAAGCACAUGCAGGAGCGCACCGAGCAGCAGGAAGAUGACAAGCAGAUGACCCUGAUGUUGCUGGUCAGCACGUUACAAGCAUUCAUUGAAGGGUCUUCGUUGGGAGAGUUCCGUGUACGACUUCAGAUGUUACUGGUUUUCCAUUGCCAUGUCUUACUGAUGCCUCAAGUUGAAGGAAAAGAUUCGCUUUGCAGUGUUCUAUGGAAUUUGUACCAUUUUUACAACCAGUUUCUUGAGCCGGUUCAAGCUAAAAUUGUGGAACUUCGCUCCCCCAUAGAAAAAGAACUUAAAGAAUUUGUGAAGAUAUCAAAGUGGAAUGAUGUCAGCUUCUGGUCCAUUAAACAAUCUGUGGAAAAGACACAUAGGACCCUCUUCAAAUUCAUGAAGAAAUUUGAAGCUGUGCUGAAUGAACCGUGUCGGUCCUGUCUGGUGGAGAGCAACAAGGAAGAGCAGCUUGACUGUUUGCCAAAGCCAGCAGAGGAAGCUGUGCUUGAGACAUUGCCCAUUCAGGGUCUGAACAAGGCGCUGAGGGAGACCCUGUUAGCACAGCCAACAACAUGGCAGGCUUCAGGUAUAGAGCAAUGCCAGAGUGUUGGUGCUGUAUCUGUGGAAGGAGAACUUCUGCGUCGCUUGCCAAGACUCUCAAAACGAAUGAGGAAAAUGUGCCUGGUAUUUAUGAAGGAGAGUCCCCUACCUCACCUAGUGGAAAGCCUUGACCAGUUCACUGGUGAAGUGAUUUCCUCUCUAAGUGAGCUGCAGAGCUUAAAGGUGGAUCCCUCUGCUGAGAAAGAAAAGCAGCACUCAGAAGCCAAGCACAUUCUCAUGCAGAAGCAGCGAGCCUUAUCAGACCUCUUUAAAUACCUUGCAAGAAUUGGUCUGUCAUAUCGAAAAGGUCUUGCCUGGGCCCGUUCAAAAAGUCCUCAAGAGUUGCUUCACCUUCACCCAUUAGAUCUCCAGAGUGCAUUGUCCUUAGUCAGCAGCACUCGGGAGGCUGAUUCUAGGCUUCUCACAGAAAUUUCAUCUUUGUGGAAUGGGUGCCAGAAGUAUUUUUAUCGCUCCCUUGCACGGCACACCAGGCUUACUGCAGCCCUAGCAGCUCCUGUCAAGGAGAUGGGCAUGGGUAAUGUGGACAGAUGUAAGGGAUUCUCAGCACACUUGAUGAAGCUGCUCAUCCGACAGCGUCGCUCCCUGACCACACUGACUGAGCAGUGGAUCAUCCUCAGAAACCUUCUCAGCUGUGUACAAGAGAUUCACAGCAGGUUGGCAGGGCCCCCUGUCUAUCCUGUGGCCUUCCCCCCUCAGGACAGUGUGCAGCAGUGGACAGAACGACUGCAGCACCUGGCCAUGCAGAGCCAGGUCCUGCUGGAGCAGAUCUCCUGGCUCUUCCAGUGCUGUCCCAGCGCAGGGCCAGCUGCCAGCCACGGUGAUUCUGCAGUGUCUGGAGCAGUGCCAGACUCACUUCCCUCUGAUCUGAGCUGCCCGUCCCCAGUACCUACAAGUCAGCUGCCAUCUGGUUGCCAGAUGCGGAGACAAGAUCAGCUCUGGCAACAGGCAACUGUAGGGUUGAAGGAGAUGCUGAAAACCAUUAAAACUAUGAAAGCUGGUGUUGAUAAAAUUAGACAGCAGUCUUGUGAAACCCUCUUUCAUACAUGGGAAGAUUUUGAAAUUUGCUCUUCUGGGCUGAACUGCCUGUCCCAAGUGUCAGCUCAUUUGCAAGGCCUAGCGUCCUUGUUCAUUCUUCCAGGGGCACAGGCUGAACAAACAGACACACAAAUGGCAUUAGUUGAAAGCCUGGAAUAUCUAAGAGGAGAAAUCAGUAAAGCCACAGAAGACUUCACUGCCUGGAAAGCAUGUCUGUUCAUUCCACACAAGCAAGGAGGAAACCAGAUGCUGGAGGAAAGCUUUGUUGAAGACUUUUCAGAGCAAAUAGAAACUGCCAUCCGGGCCAUCCUCUGCACCAUCCAGAACUUGGCAGAAAGAAACAGUAAGAAAGCAGAAGACAGCGCUGCUGAAAAGAGACCACAAGGAGAGGAUGGAAUGAAGGAAGAGGCAAGCUUUGAAAGUCUGCAACCAGGACAUCUAACAAAACUCUUAGAGGAUGACUUCUGGGCCAGUGUGAGCACUUUACACGUCCAGAAAAUCAUUUCCUCCGUCUCUGAGCUGUUGGAGCGGUUGAAGUCCUGCAAUGAGGAUGGCAACACGACCAAGCACAAGGUCUUCAGCCAGUCCUGCUGCAUGCUAGUGCGCCUGGUGCCCAUGCUCUGCGGCUUCUCAGACCUUGUGCUCUUCUUCCUGACCACGUCUCUGGCAACUCACCGGAGCACCGCAAAGCUGCUCUCUGUGCUUGCCCAGACCUUCACAGAACUCGCCCAGAAGGGGUUUUGCUUACCCAAAGAAUUGGUGGAAGAUUCAGCAGCAGAGGGAGCGACGCAGUUCCAUGACUACGAGGGCGGUGGGAUUGGAGAUGGCGAAGGCAUGAAGGAUGUGAGUGACCAGAUAGAAAACGAGGAACAGGUAGAAGAUACAUUUCAGAAGGGUCAAGAGAAGGAGGAGGAGGACCUUAGCUCAAAACCUGAUACAAAAGGCGAGGAUAACGCCAUCGAGAUGUCAGAAGACUUUGACGGGAAAAUGCAUGAUGGCGAGCUUGAACAAGAAGAUGAUGAGCAAUCUAGUAGUGAGGAUGGAGACCUGGACAAACAGAUGGGCAAUCUCAAUGGGGAGGAAGCUGACAAACUAGAUGAGAGGCUUUGGGGAGAUGAUGAGGAAGAAGAUGAGGAAGAUGAUGGUAAAGCUGAAGAAACAGGACCAGGAAUGGAUGAGGAAGAUUCAGAGCUUGCUGCUAAAGAUGACAACUUGGAUGCUGGGAAUAUGAACAAAAAUAAAAAACAUGAAGAUGAGAAGGAAGAGUCAGAAGCUGAAGAUGUUGAACCAGGCCAAGAAAAAAUUAAUGAGCAGAUUGACGAGAGGGAAUAUGAUGAGAAUGAGGUAGACCCUUAUCAUGGCAAUGAGGAAAAGCUGCCAGAACCUGAGGCCCUGGACCUUCCAGAUGACUUGAAACUUGACAGUGAGGACAGAAAUAGCGGAGAGGACACAGACAAUGAAGAAGCAGAAGAGAAUCCUUUGGAGAUCAAAGGAAAAACAGAAGCUAUGGAAGAAGCAGACCGUGAGAUUGAGGAGCCUGAGGCUGAUCAGAAUGAAGGUGACAGCCCACAUGAGCCUGAGGAAGGCACCGGAGACAACGAGGAGAAUAUGGAUACAGGAGCCAAUGACCAAGACAAAGACACAGCCAGCCAUGCAGAAGAGCACUCUGAGGAAGAGGAGGAGGAGGAAGAAGAGGACAGGGCCACCAGUGAUGGAGGUGGAGAAAGUGGUACCAUUCCUGCUGACCAAGACCUCCAGCCCCAGGAGGAAGAGGAAGGAGAGACGUCCGAUGCAGGCGAGCAAGAGCCGGAGGCCACAGAGAGAAAGGAGCAUGCCUCCUGUGGGCAGACUGGUGUGGACAAUGUGCAGAGCACACAGGCGGUGGAACUAGCUGGGGCUGCCCCGGAGAAGGAGCAGGGGAAAGAGGAACAUGGGAGUGGAGCUGCGGAUGCGAACCAGGCAGAAGGCCACGAAUCCAACUUGAUUGCACGUUUGGCCUCCCAGCAACACACCAACAAAAAAACACAGAGUUUUAAGAGAAAACCUGGACAGGCUGACAACGAACGCUCCAUAGGUGACCACAAUGAUCAUGUGCAUAAGAGGCUGAGGACUGUGGAUACAGACAGAAAGACUGAAGAGGGGCCAGCCCAGCCCCAGGCUCAGGUGGAAGAUGCAGACACAUUUGAACAUAUUAAACAAGGCAGCGAUGCAUACGACGCACAAACCUAUGAUGUGGCCAGUAAUGAGCAGCAGCAGACCGCAAAGGAUGCCGGGCAGGGUCAGGAGGAGGAGAAAGCAGAAGACAUCCUCAUGGAGACAGAGGAGGAGCUGCUUCGGCCAGAGCACACUGAGCAGCUGACGCCUGAGGCCGUCAAGUCAGAGACUGCUACAGCCUCUGGCGCUAGUGAGAUGGAAGUGGACACUCAAACAGUUAAAACAAAAGAAGACCAAGACCCGAGAACACCACGCCCAGAGACAGAGAGUGAGAGACCAGAAAGAAGCCGAGAUUCAACUAUUCAUACGCUUCGUCAGUUCCUUGUGGAUACCAUUUCCCAACCCCUUUUAAAAGAUGUCAUUGAGCUACGACAGGAGAUGGAGAGACAGCUGGAGACAUGGCAGGCUCACGACUGUGGGAGUGCAGAGGAGGAGAAGGCUGCAGCUGAGAUGUGGCAGAAUUACCUCGUCCUAACUGCAUCUCUUUCACAACAGCUGUGUGAGCAGCUUCGUCUCCUAUUAGAACCUACACAGGCAGCCAAGCUGAGAGGAGACUACCGCACCGGGAAGCGGCUGAACAUGCGGAAGGUCAUUCCAUACAUUGCCAGUCAGUUUCGAAAAGACAGGAUCUGGCUUCGAAGAACCAAGCCCAGCAAACGGCAGUAUCAGAUUUGUCUGGCGAUUGACGACUCUUCCAGCAUGGUAGACAACCAUACCAAACAGCUUGCAUUUGAGUCACUGGCUGUGAUUGGUAAUGCUUUAGCCCUCCUGGAAGUGGGUCAGAUCGCAGUGUGCAGCUUUGGAGAGUCAGUAAAGCUAUUGCAUCCAUUCCACGAGCAGUUUAAUGAUUCUUCAGGGUCUCAGAUUUUACGGCUCUGCAAAUUCCAGCAAAGGAAGACUAAGAUCGCUCAGUUUCUAGAAUCUGUGGCCAAAAUGUUUGUAGCUGCACAGAAGCUAUCCCAGAACGUCAAUCCAGAGACUGCGCAGCUACUCCUCAUAGUUUCUGAUGGACGAGGCCUUUUCCUCGAAGGCAAAGACAGGGUCCUGGCAGCAGUCCAGGCUGCCCAGAAUGCCAACAUCUUCGUCAUUUUUGUUGUGUUGGAUAAUCCCAGUUCUCGGGAUUCUAUCUUGGACAUUAAAGUACCAAUAUUUAAAGGGCCGGGAGAGAUGCCCGAGAUCCGAUCCUACAUGGAGGAGUUCCCGUUCCCGUUUUACACCAUUCUUCGGGAUGUGAAUGCACUUCCAGAGACCCUCAGCGAUGCCCUCAGGCAGUGGUUUGAGCUGGUGACAGCCUCUGACCACUCAUAGAGCAGAGCAGGCUGUG